UCCGCCUCUCGCAUCUUCCAGAUCUUUCACGCCUCCCUCUCUGAAAAGCGAUCUCCCCAUCGCGCACUCGACCUGAACUCUCCCACCACAACGAUGUCCUCAGCAUUACAUCCUGAGGUCCUCUGGGCCCAGCGCUCUUCAGAGACGGACGAGACAAAGAAUGUGCUGUAUGUGACGAUAAACCUGCCGGACAUCCAGGAGAACACCCUCCAGCUGGAUCUCCAGCCGACGAAGAUCUCGUUCAAGGCCAAGGCCGGGGACGCCGCAAAAGGCAUCCAGGAGCGCGACUACGCGUUCGACCUCGACUUUUUCGCAGAGAUCGUGCCAGAGUCCUCCUCCCACAAGCUCACCUCUCGCUCCCUCGUCCUCAACCUGCGCAAGAAGGAGGCCAAGGCCGAGUACUGGCCGCGCCUCACGAAGGAGAAGGUCCGCUCGCAGUUCAUCAAGACCGACUUCUCCAAGUGGGUCGACGAGGACGAGCAGGACGGCGAGGGCGCCGGCCCCGCGGACGACGAGGACUUCAUGGGUGGCAUGCCGGGCAUGGGUGGAAUGGGCGGCAUGGGCGACAUGGGUGGCAUGGGUGGUAUGGGCGGGAUGGACAUCCAGAAGAUGAUGGCGCAGAUGGGCCAGGGCGGCGCGGGCCCGUCGGGCACGAGCGCGGACGAUGAUGAGGAUGACGACUCGGACGACGACGGCCCCCCGCCACUCGAGGAAGCCGAGCCCGCGAAGUAGACGAGGGAGCUUAGCCGGCGCAGCGGAUGUCGCGGACCCCGCGAGGUUCGCGACUCAAGCGCUGAAGGAGAAUCUUGUAUUUUGAGCAGGGAAUGUAGGCUACAUCUUGGACUUCACCUUGCUGUUGUUGUGAACUACCUAUCUGUAUACUGACAAAUGUUGACGUUGCGUUGAAAGUCA